AUGGAUAAUGUAGAUAAAACUAUGAAAUCUGAAAUCUCAGAAGAAGAUCCAGAACAAUUAUUUAGAGUUUUAGAAGUUAUUGGUCAAGGAUCAUUUGGAGUUGUAUGUACGUGUAUAAAUACAGUUAAUAAUGAAGUUGUGGCAAUUAAAUUUUUAGAGAUGGAAGGAGAAGAGAAUUCUUCAUUAAAGAAAGAGAUUACAAUUUUAAAGAAUACAGUUCGUUGUCCAUACAUUGUCAAAUACCAUGGUUGUUAUAUAAAAGAGAAUAAUCUAAUGAUUGUUAUGGAAUAUUGUGAUGGUGGUAGUAUUUUAGAUAUAAUGCAAAUGUGUUCCAUAACACUUACAGAGGCACAAAUCGCUGCCAUACUCUAUCAAAUAGUAGAGGGUCUUGUAUAUCUUCAUUCAAAUAAAAUUUUACAUCGUGAUAUUAAAGCUGGUAAUGUCUUGGUAAAUAAACUGGGUCAAGCUAAAUUGGCUGAUUUUGGUGUUUCUGCAAUCCUUGUAAAUACUGGUUUUAAACAAAAAACUGUUGUUGGUUCUCCAUAUUGGAUGUCACCAGAAGUUAUAUCACCACCAAAAGGAUCGAAUGGAUAUGAUAGUAAAGCAGAUAUUUGGUCUUUAGGUAUAACAGCGAUAGAGAUGGCAGAAUCAAAACCACCAUUAUUUAAUUUAAAUCCAGUUAAAGUUAUAUUUGUUAUUCCAUUUAGACAAGCACCAACAUUAGAGGUACCUGGUAAUUGGUCACCAGAAUUUAAUGAUUUCAUUUCAGUUUGUUUAAAUAAAGAGGCCGAUAAAAGACCAUCAGCAGUGGAUUUAUUGAAUCAUCCUUUCAUAAAGAAAGGAAAAGAACAUUCACAACCAACCAUCAGUGAAAUGGUAGAACAAUGUAUACCAACCAUGAAAGAAUAUAGGAGAAAGAAAGCAGAGGAAGAAGAAGCAGAAGAGGCAGAAGAGGGUGAUGAUUAUGAUGAUGUUAAUGGCGGUGGUGAUGAAAGACAACACGGUUCAUCUGUUUCUUCAGCUGGACUUCAAAAAGGAACUUUACUUAAAAUUAAUACAAUCACUCAAAGAGCCACCGUUAUGAGAGAGGAUGGAACUGAAGAUACCUCAAAUAAUGGUGGUACAUUUAUUUAUAAUAACAAUAAUAAUAAUAGUAGUAAAACUUCAAGUUCUGGUACUGUUGUAUUUUCCAAGAAUGGUUCAAUCAUUAAAAAUGAUGAUGAUGACGAUGACGAUAUUGAAGAGGGUGGUUUUGAUUCAGGUUCGGUUGUAUUUAAGGGUUCAACUUUAGUUGAAAAGUUUGAAAGUAUGAAAUUAAAAUAUAAUAAAAGACGACAACAACAAGAAAGUAGUGACGAAGAAGAUGAAGAAGAUGAAGAUGAUGAAGAUGAUGAAGAGGGUGGUUUUGAUUCAGGUUCAGUUGUUUACACAAAAUCACCUGUGAAUCAAGAUGAUUAA